AUGCUUCUGCCCACCGCUACACAGACCCGAGCUGGCAUCCCAGAGGGCAGCACUUCACUCCUGUCUUUGCCUCUGAAUCGCACAACCCAAGUGACAUUCGCUCUAUCUGAGCCUAUUCAGAGGUCUGAAUCUGUAGGUUUAACCUCCAUUACAGGUUUAUGGCAUUUCGGGUCAAGCUCUAUAUCCAGAUCGAAGUUACCCAAAGCAAGAAGUUGGAGGAUUAGCAGAUGAGUGACUGUGGAAGGAGUUAAACUUCAGAGACUUUGUUGUCGCCCAUCAGGUUGGAACUGAAUUCUACAGGACAUAGGCCCUCCAGGAGCAGGAUUGGUAACACCUGGCUUAACUCAGAACUUCUCUUUAAGACAGGUGUGUCCAAUCCUGCUCUUGGAGGGCCUUGUUCCUGAGUUUAGCACCGACACACCUGCUUGGAAGUUUACAGUGAUCCUGAAGACCUGGAUUAGCUGGAUCAGUCUUUAGGUCCACUUGUCAGCCUACUCUCUUUAUUUAUUGGAAAGACUUUGGAAAGACUUUGUCUUUGCAAUUCUUACUGACGUUGAAGUCUAUCGAAGGCUUCUGUCUGUGCUAUCCAUUGGACUCUUCCAAGUGAUCAUUCUUGGAAAAGAUUCACCAUGGCAACUACCGGCAUGCAGCUGUUUGGCUUGGUCCUGUCCAUCAUGGGUUGGGUGGGUGGCUUCCUGGUGUGCACCCUGCCCAUGUGGAGGGUCACUGCCUUCAUCGGAAACAACAUUGUAACGGCACAGAUCACAUGGGAGGGCCUGUGGAUGAAUUGCAUCUGGCAAAGUACAGGGGAGAUUCAGUGCAAGGUCUAUGACAGCCUGCUGGCUCUUCCUAGUGACAUGAAGGCUGCCCGGGGUCUGACGGUUCUCGCGUUACUCAUCUGCACACUGGCACUCACUCUGGGUGUUCUGGGUGUCAAGUGCACACAGUGCGUGGGCCUCCCAAGCCCCAAGGCACGCUUGGCCCGAGUGUCCGGUGUGCUCUUUUUCAUCGCUGGGUUCCUCAUCCUCAUACCUGUCUGCUGGACAGCCCAUUCCAUCAUCAGGGAUUUCUAUGACCCCUAUGUGGCGGCUCCUCACAAACGUGAGCUCGGCCCUGCACUCUACCUUGGUUGGGGAGGUUCAGCUCUGCUUUUGAUCGGUGGAUCGCUCCUCUACGCAGGGUCCAAUCCCCCUGGGAUUCCCUCUUCUCCUACAUUUAGCAGUGGCGAGAGCAGCCCACGUCGAGCGGGUGGACCAGCCCAGGUCAAGGGUUAUGUUUAAUGACCAGCAUCGACACACCAGUCCCCGAAAGCCUUCUCUUCUAGAGUUUCCCAUUGUGAUAGAUUCAAGUUAAUUUUAAUCUAUUUUUUAUUAUUCAGAAUAUUUCUGUAGUGGGAUGGAGGUAGUAAAUAGAAAUGUGAAAUCAAGUUUCCUUGUCACCUCUAAUGUCCACUUAUAAAUCUGUCUUUCUUUGCUAUUCAAUAAUAAAACCUUAAAUCCUU